CGACGUGUCCCUCUCGUCUCGGACUCUCGAUUGUGUGUCCGAACCUUCGACAAGCUUUUCGUCGUUGACCGCCGUGACGCAGCGAUCAACCGUGAGCGGUGCCGACCCUUCGGCAGACCGCUUUUCAUCAACCAACGGCGAGCGGCGAAUUCAGCAGCGCGUCUGACCCUCACAAGUAACCUCGUCCGUGCCGUACUCUACACGAGGAGGACAUAAUCACCACAAGAUGCUCGCCUCCAGCAUUGCACGGCGAGAGCUGCUCCGGAGCACCGCCGUGGCAGGACGCGUCGCGCAUCGCGUUCCCGCCCGGCUCGUCCACUUCAAGCCCCCCAACGACCUCGACUUCAAAAACCUAGAAGAGGCGAAGAAGAACCGCAAACCUGGCGACUUCUAUCCCCCAGACCGCCCGCCAACCCCGCUCGCGGUAUACUUGCAGCAGCACCCGCGCGCUAAGCAAUACUUCUUGAAGCUUCAGAGUAUCUUGGGAUUCCAGAGGUCAAAGCCAAUGGCUGGGAGGCGAGGACUUAUGCUCUACGAACGGGUGUGCGCGGUGAAACCGGAUGAUGAGGCCAAGUUCUGGAAAGAAGAUUGCUACCUCCCCUCGACGUUCCAGUCAUGGUUCACCAUCGUAAACCUGCACGUAUGGAUGCUUACGGUGCGGCUACGCGCCAUCCCCCCUCCCUACGGUCGCGACUUUGUCCAGGCGCUCCUCGAUACCUUCUUCUACGAUCUAGAGGACCGCAUAACGGGCGUCCUGCAGCCCAAGUACAACCCUCCCACUCCAUACACUUUCCAUUCCGACUUCUACCACAACCCCAACAAGCCUCCCGAGGGCGCGCCACGCACCCGCCUCGGCCGCGCGCCCGACCGCCUCAUCACGCGUCAGCUCAAGACCCACCGCGACCAGUACAUGGGCUUCACGCUGUCUAUGGACGCCGCGCUUGUGCAGGGCGACAUGGAGAUGGCCGCCUCCGUCUGGCGCAACCUUCUCGGCGCGCGCGGUGCCGCGGGCGUCGUGCUGCCCGCGCCUGGGCAGCAGCCGCAGAAGUACUACCGCCGCUCGAUCAACCCGCCGAUCAGCGAGCCGCACAAGAUCGACGUCGAGCGCGAGCAGUGGGUCGACGACCAUUCGGGGGUGCACGACUUCCCACCUGCGGAGGCCGACAAGUACUUGACGUACCCGGAGCUGAUGCUCGACCUUGUCACGUACAUUCGGAGGGAGAUCAAGCGGUUGGAGGAUAUCCCCGACGAGGCUUUCUUGUGGCAGGACCCGGAUACGUUGCGGUUUGGGAAGGUCAGGAAUUACUCGGCACAGGCAUCCGCUCAGCCUAAGAAGAGCACGACGUCGUAAGUAGCGUAGCCGCAACUAAUAUUCACCCACCGAGGUGUGCACCCUCCUCUCGGUUCUGCGUGAUUAAGAGAUACGGUUCAAGAACCAUCUUCAAGCGAAUUGCAUUUGUGGGCAGCCCCCUCUGACAGUUACAUUGCUUCUACAUAAUUUGCCUUCUCCCUCGCAUCUGCUUGUUCACCAUAAUCCGGAGCAGCGUAGUCCUGGAAAGUCAAGGAGGACGCGAAGUAUCCAUCGGCUCGCAAGGACAGGCCGCCGAGCUUGGCGCCGCCCUCGUCGAGCGACCAGACGGAGAUGGCGAGCGUGUUGGGGCUUUCGCGACGCAGAAGUCCUGCUGGAAG